AGAACCUUAGCCGGUCCGUGGUCUGACAGGAGGCUCCCCUUCCGCUCCGGCCCGUCCCAGCGUCCCGGGCCGGGGUCUCCCCUCCCAGUCUGUGUUGGACGGGGGCGCUGAGGCGGUGGCCGGGCCUGUCUGAGGAAGAGGGUGGGGCGUAGUCUAAGGACAACCAAUAAGAGAGAAGGAAGCCACAAUUGGCGGCCAUGAGCGCUAAUGGGAGAUCGCCUUUGCCUUGUGGAGUGCCGCCCUCUUCUCUUCUCCCGCCUCCUUCCUUUUGGAGGAAGGCGGGGCCAGAGGACUGAAGUGUGGGGAGAACUUGGGCUCUGCUCUGCUUUAUGAAAUAUGGGAGACGACAGACCGUUUGUGUGCAAUGCCCCGGGCUGUGGACAGAGAUUUACAAACGAGGACCACCUGGCAGUUCAUAAACACAAGCAUGAGAUGACCCUGAAAUUUGGCCCAGCCCGGACGGACUCAGUCAUUAUUGCAGAUCAAACACCUACUCCGACUAGAUUUCUGAAGAACUGUGAGGAGGUUGGGCUCUUCAAUGAACUAGCUAGUUCCUUUGAACAUGAAUUUAAGAAAGCUGCAGAUGAAGAUGAAAAAAAGGGUGCUGCUGGGCCUCUUGACAUGUCUCUGCCUUCUACCCCAGACAUCAAAAUCAAGGAGGAGGAGCCGGUGGAGGUGGACUCAUCGCCCCCCGACAGUCCUGCCUCCAGCCCCUGUUCUCCACCACUGAAGGAGAAGGAAGUUGCCACAAAACCUGUUGUGAUUUCUACCCCUACACCCACCAUUGUACGUCCUGGCUCCCUGCCUCUCCACUUAGGUUAUGAUCCACUUCAUCCAACUCUUCCUUCCCCAACCUCUGUCAUCACACAGGCUCCACCAUCUAACAGGCAAAUGGGAUCCCCUACUGGCUCCCUCCCUCUCGUCAUGCAUCUUGCUAAUGGACAGACCAUGCCUGUGCUGCCAGGGCCUCCAGUACAGAUGCCUUCUGUUAUUUCGCUGGCCAGACCUGUGUCCAUGGUGCCCAACAUUCCUGGUAUACCUGGCCCACCAGUUAACAGUAGUGGCUCCAUUUCUCCAUCUGGUCACCCUAUGCCAUCAGAAGCCAAGAUGAGACUAAAAGCCACUCUGACCCACCAAGUCUCUUCAGUCAAUGGAGGUUGUGGAAUGGUGGUGGGUACUGCCAGUACCAUGGUGACAGCCCGUCCAGAGCAGAACCAGAUCCUCAUCCAGCACCCUGAUACCCCAUCCCCUGCCCAGCCACAGGUCUCUCCAGCCCAGCCCACCCCUAGCACAGGGGGACGGCGGCGGCGCACAGUAGAUGAAGAUCCAGAUGAGCGACGGCAGCGAUUUUUAGAGCGAAACCGAGCUGCAGCCUCCCGAUGCCGCCAAAAGCGGAAGCUGUGGGUGUCCUCCCUGGAAAAGAAGGCAGAAGAACUUACUUCUCAGAACAUUCAGCUGAGUAAUGAAGUCACAUUACUACGAAAUGAGGUGGCUCAGUUGAAACAGCUACUGUUAGCUCAUAAAGACUGCCCUGUCACUGCACUACAGAAAAAGACUCAAGGCUACCUAGAGAGUCCCAAGGAAAGCUCGGAGCCGACGGGUUCUCCAGCCCCAGUGAUUCAGCACAGCUCUGCAACAGCCCCUAGCAACGGCCUCAGUGUUCGCUCUGCAGCUGAAGCUGUGGCCACCUCGGUCCUCACACAGAUGGCCAGCCAAAGGACAGAACUGAGCAUGCCCAUACAGUCACAUGUGAUCAUGACCCCACAGUCGCAGUCUGCGGGCAGAUGAUGCCUCCCCUGAUGGAGAGAUCCCCAGCCAGAGCUCGCCCGCCUGAGCCAAGAGAGAAAUCAACUUACCCCUCCCAUCUGCCUUGGAUGUGGCAGUAUGGGAGAGGAGGAAAUUGUGUGUUGUGAGUAUGGACAGAUGUGGGGCUUUUCUCUUUAGCCACAUGAUCAUGUACGCUUGACACCUGUGCUAGGGGCUUCUGGCCCCAAAGCCACACAGAUCAUCCCCAAGAGUGGGGUUUCUUAUGUACCUACAGCCAAAGGCCUUUGCAUAUGGUCCGAGCAGUCAUCCCUGGCCCUGAUGCAUGUGUACCUGUCUCUUAACACUAACCCUUGCACUUGUAGGUUUGGGGUUUUUCAGUGUCCUCUCCUCCCAAUUGAGCUGUGGCUGUUAUCUUCUUAUUCCUUACUAGCAUGCCACUUCCUGCCAGAUAGAGGGAGACUAGAUUUGAUGGCAUGUUACUUGCUGUCUCGACCCCAGCCACCCCAUGCACUCAGGACUUUGUCUCCCAAUAGCUGCUUAUUUAUCUCUUUCCCCUCCUCUUCCCAAUUGCAGUGAAAACAUUCACUUACUGAGAAUGUAAUACCUUUGAUGUAUGAAGUAGCAGUAUUUUCCACCUCUUCCCUGUGCUUUAUUCCUUAUUCCCAUCUGCUACCAAAAACAAACACAAACAAAAAAAAAAAAAAAGCAAAACUCUGAGAGUUUGAAUCAUUUUCAUUUCCAAAUCUAUUGGGUACCUCAUUUUGUCUCUUGACUUUCCUUAGGCUAGUGGUGGGGUCUUUCCUACCACCCCACUAUGGCUUGGGAACCUCAUCUUGUGGCCUUAUUGUUAGUGGCAAUGAAAAGGGAGAGAGCCUGGGAUCUAACUGGGCUUCCCUGUCUCCUUCCCCACCCUCCAGUUCUAAUCAUCAGGGCAGACAGGAACAGUGUCAUUUAAAACUCGUUCCGUCAGGUUACUGGAUUAACUAACUCUUUGGUGUUUUACACUAGUUUACUGGCUGCAGUCUACAUACUGUCGUCGUCUUUGGUCGUCCGUGUGCUCCCUCCUCUCCACUUUGUCCCCUCUCCACAUCAC